GGCAGGGGGCGGGGCCGCGCUUCCCCCCCCACAACAAAGGGCGGCGCGGGCACGGCGCGCGCCCGGCGCCGGGAGCGGCAGCGGCGGGAGCGGCCGCGCGCAGGCUUCACAAAGUGUUUACCAGCCAUGACUCUGAAUGUCCCAUGCCUAAGCUGAUAAAGCAUCUAUGCACUUUAAUCUCAAGUCGAUGCCACUCUGCUAGUACAGUGUGAGCUGUGCCUUGCUCCUUGGAUAUAAAGAUCUACCAGCCAAAGUCUUGUUCCUGCCUUAGUAAUGUUCCAGAGGUUAAAUAACAUGUUCAUGGGAGACAUCGACAGCCUGUCCAGCCAAGAGCCAGAGUUCAGUGAGAAGGAAGACGAUGAGUGGAUUCUGGUUGACUUUAUAGCAGACACUUGCACCAGCUGCUCCGCGGAGGAAGCGGACCUCGCCGAAGCGCCGGCCGCCGACACCUCGCCCGUCUUCUCUUGCUUACCGUCCCCCUUGGAGCACUUGCCGGAGGCCAGCGAGUCCUGCUUCAUCCAGUUCGAGUCGUGCCCCAUGGAGGAGAGCUGGUUCAUCACCCCUCCGCCGUGCUUCACCGCCGGUGGGCUGACGGCCAUCAAGGUGGAGACCAGUCCUAUGGAGAACCUCCUCAUCGAGCACCCCAGCAUGUCCGUGUACGCUGUCCACAACGCCUGCCACAGCCUCAACGAGCCUGGCUGCGGGGACGAGGAGUUCCCCAGCCCGGGUAGUCCCAGACUGGAGGCCCAAAAUGAAACGGGGCAGCGUGUUCACUGCUACGUCACAGCUCUUGCUACUCGUUCAACUUUUCUGGAAAAAUCGAAGAGCUUUCGUCCUACCCACUGGAUAAAAGAGCACAGCGAAAGACACUAUCUCAACAGAAAUGGGCUCCGCCGCCAAAACCUUACCAGGGAUUGCCACUCUCGGCAACUCAAGCACAACGGACUCUUUGUUCACCAGCCUUGCCAGCGUCAGUUCAAUUACUGACGGCUCUCGGGGUUUUAAUCUAUGGUCUAAUUGGUUCUUAGGUUGCUCCUGUUUUCAUGCGUAGGUAAGUGUGGUCAAUCCGAAGCUGAUUAUCGUUCCCUCAGACACAAUCAUAACUAGUGCUGCGUGCGUUUGAAACGAGACACCUCCAAACAUCUUGCUGCAAGUCCUACAUGAUGUUUAAUGUCAGUGUCUUGGAAGCCUGUCAGUACAACAGUUUGUGCUGUUUUAUAAACUGAUGGGUUCUUAGGUGGUCUCUGAGGACCACCAAAGUUAAGGAGACUUAACUGAGGUGGAAAAUCAGUUGCAUCUUUGCAUUAAUCAAAGCGGAGUUAGAAAAUCUGAGGUUAGCCAUAUGCUUUAAUGAGAAGUACUUGACAGCUUGUGUAUCGGUCUGUAUUCAGCAUAUAUGAUUACGUUCUAACAAGGAAAUACGGUAGCUGCCAGUGGAUUUUACAUAGCUAUGCCGAACUGUUACAAGAAGGACAUCUCAUAUAAAUUGCCUAGUACCUAUCUGUGUUUGAGUGGAGUCUAGAGUUGUGUUGGGUACGUAAUAUGGGUUCAAUGUCCCCUCUAUUCCUGCAGUAUGACAUGGCACUGGUGUUGCAGAUGUAGUACCUCACAGUGGAGUGAAAGGAAAAGUGGACCUAUGGGUUAAGUGCAGAUGCGUAACCCAGAGAGCUGAACUGUUUUACCUGGUACAGUUUGAGUUCUCUUCUUCCCUUUCUCUAACUCUUCUUGUCUUCUAAGACAGACAUAUUUUCCAAGACCUAACCUAUUCCAUUUAAUCUGUCUAGUUACAGAAAAAGAUGGUGGAACAACUGUUCUUAUUCUAAUCCUGUUGUAGAUGACUGCUUUUUAAAGAAGUCAGGCUGAUGCUCAGCUAUUUCUGAGCUGCUAUUUGCUGUUAGAUUCUUUUUCUUGUUUACGGGUUGAAAGUUGCUCAAAAAUAGCUGAAAGUUGUUUCUUACCAGAAGUUUUCCUAACAAACCUUCUAUAGUCCCCCUCUCCAAUGAAGUCUGAGUUUAAUUGUGACUGGAAAUGAAGGGCGGUGUGAAAGGGAGAAAAGUGUGCUGAAAGUCUUAAUUAAACACAAAGAUAACAGUGUAUAAAUUGAGGCACAUCAGUGCUUUCUCUUCCCUUCAGCUGGGCAGAGAAGGCCUGGACAUGAAUUCUGUAGGCCAACAGGGAAGAAAAGCCAUUCAAAACCAACAAAUACUUGAGAAUUCUGGAAGGAGGUGGGCACUUAGUUUACCUGUUAACAGAGUGCAUAUGGCACGGUAGCCACGUGGCACACUGAACCCUGAUAGAUUUAUCUAGGAAGUAGGUAAAAUGGCUUUGGAGGUGAAGAAGCAGAAAUCUUCACAGAAAGAAGGGGGAAAUAUGUAAAUUUACCUCCUUUCUGUCAGUGCUCAACUGUUUUUCCCUGUGUUUAGUGCCUAGGGCAUUAAAGUGUUAAUGUUGCAUUCAGUUAUGUCUUCCAGUAGUCCUUAUACAGAAGUUAGUGUAAGGAGUCAUGUGGGGGGGGUCUCUGGAAAUUGGGCAAGGUCAAUAAUGUGAAUUAAUCCAGGCCUGCAUUGCUUUAUUUUCAAUCCAGCCAAAUGCUGUAGUUUUGCAAAAGCCCAACAACCUGAGUUAGCCUCGAUGUAGUGUUGGUGUUGCAUGGAGUGCAACUGGAAUUGCUGUGGAACAUACCUAGGGUAUGGAGAACAGCACUUAAAAUACUGUUUCGUCGCAGUUUUGCUGCUUCCCUGAGUUUAGUUAUGAUUGUUGCAAAGGGAUGUUGACAAAUAGUUAAAUGUGUAAGAGCAAGUGGUGCUUACCUGGAUAUGCUAGUUUUUUUUAGACACAUGGAGUUCAUAUGGACUGUGAAAGAGAACAAAAUUGGUCACAUCGUGAGCCUCAGAUAGGGGUUUUGUUACUAUUUCCAGCAGUAUGUACCUAUGUCCAUGCAAAAAUUCUUUUGUGGCCCAAAUAUUCUGGUUUACCUGCAAGUAGCUGUAGUUUCACCAGUCUCACAUCUGUACACUGGCAUAAAUACUUCUACUUGUCUAAGAUUAUCUACCUUUAUCACUCCAACUCUUUGUCCAACUUAAACUUCCUUCUCCCUGACAGCUUUCUAGCUCAGGAAAACUCUGUGCUUUCCUGUGUUAUUUUUCUUGAUACGUAAGUAACUACUUUCCUUCAGCUUUAAUUUUCCUAAAGUUAAAUGAAGGAAGAUGGCGCCUCCACCUCCCUGUGUUGGAAGGAGUAAGUAAUCCUUUGAAUCUCAGUGGGGAGAUGGAGUUGAGAGUAUAAAGGCUCCCCGGCAUUAAAAUGAGAGCCUUGGUUUGUUCUUAGCAGGCAAGUAAAUGCAACUUCAGACUGCUCCUAGAGUUGGGAGAAACUGAUCUUUUUUAAUACUACAUUACUAGAUAACUUUCUGGUGAUGAACGCCUAUAUCUUUCAGGAUAUAAACUGUUUUGUUGCACAAAGCUGUGCUUUUCAAUUUGUAAUAUUGGAAACCAUAUUAUUGUGUGAGAUAGUACUGCAUCAAUUGCUUUUUGUUAAUUUGUUUUGAAUAUUUAUGUUGGUCUAGCCCCAUUUUAUGCCUGGAGCUAUUGGGCAAUUAGAUUUGUUUUGGUUUUCUGUUUUAAUAGUGAGCUGUGUGGCUUUUUAUAUGGUUUUUGAACUGUAUUAAAAUGUGUUUUUUCUUGUAAAAGUGGAGGCCUUGCACUGUCUCAUACUGAUGGAUAUUCAUGAAUCUUUCAGAAAUGCUAUUUUCAUAUGUAUUGGUCAAUGGACAGAUUUGCAUUUUAAACUGUGCCUUCUUGGUGUAACUUUACACAGCAAACUUGAAGACUCAAAGGGACAUUUCAGUUAGGAUUAAUACUGUACAUCGGUCUAUGCAUCUAUGGCAGCUUCUUUCUAGAGCCACUUCUCUAUUUGUAGCAGACCUUUUGAUAUGGAAGAAUGUCUGGCUCUUACUUUUAAUAGCUUAACACAAGCUGAAAACCGACAAAAUACAGCACUUGGCCAAAAAGUAGCAUUGCUUAAUAACCAGUGUGCAUUUACUAAAGCGAUCUUCUGUAUUUUGUUUUCGUAGUGCGUUACGCGCACCAUGGGAGACAUGAUCUGAACUCAAUAAAAAAAUGGCCUAUCAAAAAUUGUCAGUCUUAUUUUGUCUGCUAAACUUCAAAUAUGUGAGCACCCCCCUUGGAGCGUGGUAGGUAGGAAUAUGGUGAGUACAGCAGAAUUCUUGCUGUAGUAGAAACAUUUCUGGGGGAAUCGGCUUGCAUUGCUCAAUCAAGUGACAACGCAUGGUCUAAGGGAUGUUUUGGCUACAAGUGGGGUAUGUGAAGAGGCUGGGGACUAAAAACAUUACCACUUAAUAAAACACGCAGGGUGGGGAGCUAAAGCCGUGGAAGGGAAGCAAACUGUAGAUGGACAGGUCUUCACAAGGUAACUGUCAUAAGGAGUACAUGGGGAAGCACUGUACUUUCCACAAGAACUGUCUUAUCUUCCUCUGAAGAAUGAUCUCCAGUCCGCUAGUAAGUGACCAGAGGGGCAGCUUGGCUGUUCACUCCAUCCUACAAACAUCCUAAUAGUAUCUAGGUAUACACCUUGACACCUUCCAGUGGUUGAUAACAUCCAAAUAUUGUCUACUUAUUCGCUGAUGGAUGCUGAUGACCAAGCUGGCUGGGUGUGGUGGUGGGUCUCUUCAUCAAGAUGGCAAGGCUACUGCUGGGGUCAGACCAGGCUGCUCAGGACUUGAGUUGGUCCUACCUCCAUUCUGGGAGGCUUUCCAGCCUGCACAAUCUCCUGGCAACCUGUCCUGGUGCUUGGCUUUUUUUUUUUUUUUGGAGGACCAGGGAAGGCUUUUCUUUUAGUAUGAACGUCUUGUUUCAGAUCUUUCCCACUGCCUUUCAUGGACCUGCCAUUUUACCACUGUGAUGAAUCUGUAUGCAUCUUGUAGGUACUGGAAGGCUGUUACCAUUCAGGAGGUGGAAGUGGGGACAGGUAACCUGUAAGGGACAUAAAGACCCUCUGCACGUGGGCAGUGACAGGCUCAGGAAAGCCAAGCCUCCUGCAGUUGAGCCUAACAAUGGAUGUGAAAGGCAACAAGGACUUCUACAUACGUUACAAGCAGAAGGAAGAUCGGGGGAAAUAUGUGCCUGCUGCUAAAUAGGACAGGAGACUGAGGCCUCAUGACAAGGGACAUGGAAAAGGUUGAACAACUUCAUGCCUCCUUUGCGCUGGUAUCUACUGGUAAGACCAGCAUUUAGGAAUCAAUGGCCCCUCAUGCUAUUGGGAAAGGCUACAGCAAGGGAGAUCUUCCCUUGGUUGAGGAGGAUCAACUAAAGGAACUCUUAAGACACACGUUUAUGGGAUGCAUCUGUGACUGGUAAUGGUCAUUGGCUGGCUGAUAUUGUGAGGCCAUUCUCUUUCAUCUUUGAAAAGUUAUGGCAAAGGCCAGGGUUCCUGAGGAUGGGAAGAAAGCAACUAUCUUCAAGUUGGAUGAAAAGAAUCUGGGAAUCUGGAGAACUAUAGGCCAGCCAGUCUCACCUUCAUCUCUUGGAAGAUGAUGGAGCAAUAAUCCUGGAAGCCAUUUCCAACCUUGAAGAACAAGAAGGUGGUAAGGUGUAACCAGAAUGGAAAUCAUGCCUGGCCAGCAUCAUGGCCUUCUAAAAUUAGAUGACUGGUUCUGUAAAUAAGGGGAGAGCAGCAGAUAUUAUCUGGACUUCAACAAGGCUUUUAAUGCCUCCUGUAGCAUCCUACCAAACCCAUAAAUUUUGGACUACGUAAGUAGAUCGAGCAGGUACAUUGAAAACCAGCUGAACUGCUGAGCUUUAAAGGGUUGUGAUCACUGGCACCAAGUCUAUCUUGAGGCAGGUUGCUGAUGGUGUACCUGAGGGGUUGAUUCUGGGUCCUAUACUGCUAAACAUCUACAUUAACAGCCUGGCUUCUGGAGCAGGGUGAACCACCAGCCUGCUUGGAGACAGCAGGAAAGUUGUUGAUCCUCCUGUGCUGCUAUUCAGAAGCUCCAUGACAAGCAGGAGCCUCAUGAAAUUCACCACAGGGAAAUGCAGUCCUGUACCUGGGGAAAAAUAACCACUAGCAUCAGUUCAGGCUGGGGGCCAAUUGGCUGGAAAGCACCAUCGCAGAAAAGUGCUUGGUUGUCCUGGUGGACACCACGUUGACUUUAAGCUAGUAGAGAACCUCAUGGCCUCAAAAACUAAAAGCCUCCUGGGCUGCGUUAGGAGGAAUGGUGACAGCAGGUUGAGGGAGAUGAUCCUUCUCUACUCAGUGCUGGUGAGAUGUACGAGCGCUGUGCCCAGUGCUGGGCUCUCCAGUGUAAGAGAGCCAUGGAUGUAGUGGAGCGUGUCCAGCAAGGGGACAGGAAGAUGAUAGGCUGGAGCCUCUGAAACAAUGCAGGGAGGCUGAAAUCUGGGGUGGUUUAGACAGGAGAAGAAAAGGCUCAGGGGGGUCUUGUCAAUGUGUGUAACUACCUAAAGAGGGCUGAUU